AUGGCUUUUAGCUGCGAAUCCGGCUUAUGGAGAGGAGUAGCCGGUAGGUGUGCCGCUGCGGCCUUACGCCUUGUGGCAGCGUUGCUGCUGUGCCGCUGCUGUCUUCUACCACUUGCCGCCGGCGAGUUCGAUGUUGACAAGAACGUCGGGGCUCCUAAGGAGCUAACUAUCGCAUCUGCUACUGACUAUGACCGGGAAGAGCUGCAGAAGCUCACCGAGUUCCGGCAGCGCCACCGAAAAACCGUUGAUGGCAUGCUCUGCGCCGCCGCGUUCGUGCGUAAUGGGAACACAUUCACCGAUUGCACGACUACUGAGGCUCCCGAUGGAUCUGUUGGUAGGGAAUGGUGUUACGUCGAGGUGCAGCUGGUCGGCGUUGGAUUUCGCGACUGGGACUUCUGCGCCGGCGUCGUCGAUUAUGACGUGCUACGGUCCAAAGCAACGCUGCUGUCACAACUGAAGGCGUCGGAACUUGCCCAUUCGGUGCUGCAGCUGUCAUCGGAGGAGAGUCGUCUUAAGCGAACGCUAUCUCACUUCCACGACGUAUGUGGCCGAGGCGCAGAAUCACACGAAAUUGAGCUGCACGAGUUAUCGCAUGCGCUGCAUGGUUUGGAGCGUGCCCUUCAGCAGGUGAAGGCCAAUUCGCGGACACUGCAGACCCUGACUGAGCAGCACGAAGCGUUAGAAGAACGCCUUGCAAUUGCGAGAAAGAACGCACUCAACGACAAGCGCAACUGCGCCUUUGUUCAGGGAUACACUCCUGCAGCGGUUGGUGACGGGAUCCGAGCAAGCUAUUUCGACAACCCGUACUUCAGGGGACCUCCUGUCGGAUUUUUCGACCAUCCACACCUUGCACUGACAUUUGACGAGGUGCUACCAGUGAGUGGCGUGGACAUCCGAUCGUUUUCCGUGCGUUUCGAAGGCUACUUGCGGGCGCCAGUGUCCGACACCUACACAAUUUGGGUCGAUGCGGACUGCAAUUUCAGGCUAUUUGUCGACGGAGAAGUCGUUAUUGAGCAUGGUCUAGAGGGCCACGCAAAGUUUACAGCAGCGUUCAGCCCUGUUGGAGUGGUUGCGCUGGACGGUCGUUCCACAUCGUCGUCGCACCUUGCAUCGCGCAAAUUGCUCCUUGACGGAGGGAAGCGUUACCCGAUAGUCUUGGAGUAUUCGCACCAAAGCGCCUUGAAGUACCGUGACGAAAAUGUCGCCAGGAUAUCCGUGAGCUGGGCUACGGCCACCCGCCCUCAGGCUGUGAUAGGCGGCGAACACUUUUUCCGCAGUCGCGAGUCCGGCGAGACCUUGGUGAUUAGCGGGAUUGAAGCUAGGUUAUUUGAUCUGGCUAUGCUGGAGAAUGGUGCGCAAGUGUUCCUUCACGUCACCAACCUGGUGGUGGCCGAUGUUCCCGACCGCUUCCGCGGUGCGCGCAUGAUAAGGACCGUUUUGCGACCAGAGUUUGACGCCGUCACUUUCCACAUAUCACAUGAUGCCAUAGUGUAUGUUGCAUUAUCCGCCCAUGCUUCUUUCAUUCCGACAAACGCGGAGGACGGGUCGUUGUUCGAGCGAAGCAGCGACGUAAUUUCGGUCUAUGGCAUAGGUGACAACUGUGAAGAAGCCCUGAGUCAGCAGGAGUUUGUGGUCUACUACCGGCGGUUCAAGGCUGGUGUCGUGAAACUGCAACUACUUGCUGAAACGUCAUUCUUCAUUUUCCUGCAGCCCACAAUGGCGAACAUUGUAUGCCAAGACGAUCUGGAAUUCUUGCCAUUCAAGAACGGCGACCAAUGUGCGGCGUCUUCAUCGUUGUCUGCCGCCUUCGACUGCACCAAGGGCUUUGGAGAUGGUCAUUGGCGCUCUGGAUCCAGCCGUACAUCAUCUCAAUGGAUGACGCGCACGUUUGCGAAUCCGGUGGAACUGUCGUAUUUCCAUUUUUCGACGAUGGAUGGCACCGGGCCUAUGCGUGCACGGGUGGUGUUCCCCGACGGCGUUGCAGAAGAGUUCGAGCUGCAGUCGCAGCUACGCUACGAGCUAGGGUACCAUGGCGUGAUAGAUUCGCUACGCAUAGAGAUUGAAUCUGCAAGCACCGGCGAAUCUGUCGAUGCAGGUAACUCCGACUGGACCCUCGGCGGCACAUUCGCCCUGUAUGGGCGUCAGUGCGGAUCGCAGACAGUGGUGGAGGAUGCAAUUCGGUUUCCCAUCCACAUUGAUUUCUGCCAGGCCGGUGAAUCCUGUGGAUCGCAGUACGUGGAUCUGGGCCAUGCCAAAGGUGCCCACGGCCGGCUGUCGUAUGGAUGGGGCACCACUAAUAUCAUUACUGGCCUUGGUGAUGUCCCGUUCUGUACAUCCCGAUACCACAAUGCGACCGCAGAAAUAGGUGCAGAGACAAACAGCCAAGCUGCGUUUGGUCGUAUGCCCAAGAGUCGGUCGGGACUGCCGCUGGGCAGCGGUCAGUGGUGGACCCUUGACGUCCCCGAACACGGCGUCUAUAUUGUGGAAGUGGUGCUGGCUGCACUGUGUACCCACGUAGAAUCCGCAUCACUGCUGUUGAACGGCGUGGAAGUGCUCGAGGGCGAGUCGCUGCAAGUCGGACAGUCCGUCGAAGUAAGUGAUUCCAUUUUGCAAUUGACACCAUUCAGUUCUACGGACGGAUAUCGCUCGAGCGCGUGGGUUUCGUCGAGCUGCGCUCCAAGUCGUCAGGACUCUUCCUGA